AUGGUCUGUAACUUGGAUAUGGCUUGGGCCACAGAAUUAGCCACCAAAGGGUCUCAUUCCAAUGGCAAAAGGGCUACCUCUUCCCGUCACUUUUUCUAUGACAUCUGCACAGUGGAAACCCCACCCCGAACAGUUGCUCUCUAUCCCGGCCGGCAGAUAGUCGCCUUCGGCUGCGCCGCGGGCAUCGAAAUUCACAGCGUGAACGAUACAAAACGCAAUGAACAACGCAAACACUUCGCCCUCCCUCAACCCUCCGAAAUCCUUCAUUUCCUCCCAAGUAGUCCCGAAACACCUAGCGAGCUACGUCUCAUUUCUUCACUAUCAGGACCAGGCUUGCACGAAUGCCAAUGUCCUCCUUCACCCUCCCCGUCAUAUUCAUCCUUAACAUCAUCACCAAAACUCGACUCGAAAAACAACCAAUUCCAUUUCCUGGCAGAUAUCCAGUCCUUUAGUCGCCGCUGCAUUCCCCAUGCCCCAUCCCGCAGCUUCGUUCGCGCAACACACUGUCACCACUAUCGCGCAGUCCCCAUCAACGACGGUUUCCAUAUCAUGUUCAUUGAGCCACGCACAAACCUACUAUGCAUCGGCACCGACGCCCCAAUUGGCGGGCCAGCAAACUUAACCCGCGCAUUCGUCUGCAUUCCGCCACCUUUCUCAAACCAAGACGGGCAUAUCAAGACACCACCCCCAUCCCCAUCCCCCUCAAACACAACUCCGCCUCCAACAGACCUCCCAGUGCCAACAACCUUCACCGCGGGCUCCGACCUCCGCUGGGGUCUCCGUAUUGUAGCAGCCUAUGACGAUCGCCUCGUGCUAUACUCUAUUCCCUCGGACGUAUUCAACGUGAUCCGCAAAGAGCGUGAACGCCAAGGUGCCGGAAUUAUGGGCGCCAGCGAUCUCGCGCUCGGCUGGUACGUUGAUUCAGAGCGGCCCCAUAACCGGCGUGAGAGUCUGGUGCAGAACCAGAAUGGGGAUUGGGAGUUUCUUUUGUCUGUCGCGUAUCGGCCUAUGGCUAUGAUGUGGCCGUUUAAGAUCUAUGGCAAAGAGAUCGGGUCUGUAAAGGGGACUGUGGAGCUUGCUUUGCAGUCUUCGGGGGGUGGAGUGAGGGUUUGGGCUUUUGGAAAGGAUGGGAAAGGUACGGUCUUGGAUGUUGAUACUGGUGAUGCCCCUACUCGGUCUCUUGGUGUUGGUUCGGAUGGGGGAUUGGAGGACCUCGGUAUCGUUCAGAGGGCUGGUCUGGGUGAGCUGCAGGGUUCGAGGAAACGGAAGUUCGAGGAAGUGAGGACUGGGUUUGUGGGUCAAUAUGGUGCUGGUCGCUAUCCGGCUGGAGUGGAUGUCAAGCCUUGUGCUGCUGGUGUUCAUGGGAUACAUCAGGAUCCGUCUGUUCGACGUUCAUCUUUUGCAGCUUGCAUCAUAGACUUUAAAACUCCCUUGUAUUAA